AUGGUUUUCGUUGGCGACAAGAAGUACGCAUGUGAAACAUGCAUAAAAGGUCAUCGAUCAUCGACCUGCAAGCACACCGAUCGACCUCUAUAUGAAAUCAAGAAGAAGGGUCGUCCUGUUACACAGUGCGAGCACUGCAGAGAGCUGCGCAAGACGAAGCAGGUCCAUGUGAAGUCUAGUGUGAAGGUUCCGGCCAGCGCCGCGUUUCCCAGUGGCUUGCCAGAAGCGCUGGAAGCGUCGGUUGCUCUGCAAGCUAUUAAUGACGCGUCUGACUCUGAAUACAGCGGCAAUGCGUCGCCCGCGCCUUGCAAAUGCGACGAAAGCGGCGUAUGCAACUGUUGGACUACUCGUGUUCAGCGUCCCAGGCAUAAGGAGAGCGCUCGAGACCGCCGUGGAAGCACAGCAAGCAGAGUGUCGUCGACGCAUGCUGAGGAGCAACAGAUUACUCAGCCUGCAGGGCUCGUCGUCAACGCCCAUGCUGGCGAUUAUCGCCCAGUUCUACCGAGACCUCCCUCCCAGCGCCAGCCCUCCCCCACAGGAACUGUGCACGAUUCAUCGUCCAUUUCUGUGCACCGCCAUCACCCUCAUCAUGGUCAGUCGUUCUUCAGCCCCUAUGGUCGUGCGUACGACUAUGUCCACGGCUCUGAACAUGGUGCAACCCCGGAUGUCCCUAUGGAAUUUCAAGACUCCUCCUCCUCAUCCUCGACGCAGACACCUGGUGCCUCUCAAUCCGAAGCAGAUCCUCCCGUUGCGCAAAAUUGGUAUAGCAUGCUUGACUUCCCUCCGCCAAAUCCUCCGCCAAUAUCAUCCGUUCUAUGUGGCUGCGGGCCCUCGUGCGCUUGUCCUGGUUGUCUAGAGCAUCGCGGUCCAAACGUUGAUCCCACUGCGUCAUGCACCGACCCUAGCACAUGCAUGAGUUGUUUGGAUUGUGCCAUGCUUUCGCUUCCCGUAUCCCUUCCACCUGGCUCUCCGUCGGCGGCCUACAGUGCUCCCCAAAUGUCGAACAUAGAUGAAUGGCUCCGUCAGAUGUCCUCUAUGGUCACGCCCCCUACCUCUCAACCCCUGUCCCCCUUCCCGCCGGUAACGCCCCCAGGCUCUGGACAGGUAGACGCUCAAAGUCAAGCAGCGUCUCACGCCGACAUGCAUUUUGACCCCUCCAUGCUGCAGACCUACGCGCUAUGGAACAAUCUCGGUGACGCACGUCCUGUUCAGGCCGCACCGGAAGAGUGCUGCGGUGGACGCUGCAAGUGUCCCACAGGCUUGUGUGCAUGUGCCGCGGACUGCUGUGGCUGCUGUCAUGGAUGCAGUUGUCCGGGCUGCGAGCACGAGGAUCCGAGUGGUCCGCUCACCUUUGCUACAUCGGGCGAGCGCGCGUCAUGUUGCGGCGGUGGCAGUCGGCAUCAGAGCAAUAGUGCACCUCCUUCCUUACCGGAGUCUGCGUCUUGGGAGAUGGCCGUGGCGGAGAGCACGUACCAGGAAUCGAACUGGAGCACACAGUCGCUUACCGUACCGCGGACGUCGCUCAGCCGUGCAUCGUCGUUCUCCUCGCAGUCCUCUCGUCGCUCGCUGUCGUCCAAUUCUUCCUCGCUUGUUUCGGCGCUGGCUGUUGCGACACAGAGCUUGCACGUCGAGUCAUGUUGCUCCUCGAGAGUCCCCAUGAAUACGAAUAUGAAUGGUUGA